AUUUCUUUCCUAACAAGGAAUGAGCUACGGAAAUUAAGCGAAGAAAGCUUGACUAGACCACCUGAAGAAGUCUUUGAUGUUCUCGAAAAGCUUGGCGAAGGGUAAGUUUAUUUUCCUGCUCUGCAUCAUACAUAAGUUAGUUAAGUUAAUUAGUCAAAAAGUGGCCUUCGGGACUAUUAAAGUUCAGCACAUAUAUCAAAGUUCAAUAUAUCUGAUAGCCGGCUUUUUAUCGAACCCUUUUUCGAAGGAACUCAUUUUUUAUGUCCUAAUUAUUGAAUAACUCCUCUUAAUCGUUGAAUUAAAUCUAUGCAUUUGGUACAAAUGAAUUGCGCGAUAAAUUAAAGUCACAAAUAUAAACUUAAUCGAAGCCAACAAAUUUGUUAAGCAAGCUUAUAUUGAGAAUAAUUUAUUCCGUACAAUUUCUUUGAUGUUAUUACUUUAGCGACCGUGCGGCCUGUUCCUGUUUUCACUUUCGAGAUUAUUGCCAGCGUAGAAUGUUCUGAAAGAGGCUGUUCAUUACCUACGAGGUUGUACAAGCACUAUAACUGAAAAUGAUGAAUAUUCUGUUGCAUCGUUUUCGACUCUUGAUGUUAUGUGUGCUGUGCAAAUAAGUUGCAUUUAAAGCAGCAUGUUUCUUGAGAGUUCUUCCAUGGCAUGCAUUUCUCUGAAGGGUAAAUAGGAAGGUCUCCUGAUCCAAGAAGUUUUCCUUGGGAAGUAUCGUUGACAAGCUUUUACCAUUAAAAUAUACAGUAUACAGCAUGCUUUCCUUUAUAUAUGAACUAAACAUAAAAAUUCACUGUUGUAAAUGAUGUUUAAUUGCACCAUUUUAUUUGAUUGAAAACUUAUAAUCCAACUGGAAAUAGAAUACAUCUCUGUUUACUGAAUUCCUGGUUAGAAAUAAAAUUAAAUAUUUAACUACAUAAGAGGAAAGUAGGUAAAUUUUAAUUCCUAAACAAAUGGUUUGUAGUUCCAAUCUAGUAUGGUUUUGAAAUUUUGUGAGAUUCUAUAUUAUUUUGUGGUACCAUAUAACUCCCAAGAUCUGAUUGUUUAUUCUCCCCUCAAAGCUGUUACAUAUUUCCUGUAAGUAAGUUGCAAUAAUUUGGUGUUAAAUCAAGAUAACAACUUCUACCUGAUAGGUUUAAGUAUUCUCAUUGUGUGUUUACUGGAUAAUAGAUGGGUAUUAUAGGGAGAAGUUAUAAGUUAAUCACAUCUGAGAGCUAAAGGGUUUGUUGAGAUUGGAACAAACUGGUUAAAAAAUGCUUUUUUUGUGGGUGGGGGGGGGAAGAGAGGCAGGGCUGGAUGGUUUAGUGCCAAGAUGAACUACUAUCAGAAAUCUAUGAAUCUAUAAAUUUCAGACUGUUUGGCUUAUAUGCUAAUAAUCAAUCUUCUUUUCCUUGCCAGUUCCUAUGGCUCUGUGUACAAGGCAAUGCACAAGGAAACAGGUCAAGUUGUUGCCAUCAAACAAGUACCAGUUGACACAGACCUGCAGGAGAUUAUAAAAGAAAUAAGCAUGAUGCAGCAGUGUGAUAGGUAAUUCAUUCUAUAUUCUUGAAAAAUAUGAAUUAUUUAAAUUAGACUUGUGGUUGUUUUAUUUUAAGCCUUUAACUCCCAUGAGUGACCAAGAAAGAAUUUCUCCUUACAAUAUCAAUACAAUAUCAACCAGAUAAGUGAUGAGAAUAAAAUAUCAAUUUGAGGAUAAUUAGUUGAUCCAAUAAUAAAUUCUCUGAACUAACAUUAUAAGAAUUGUACAGUUGGCAGUAAGGAGAAUUACAAAAUUGAUCUGGGAGUUAAAGGGUUAACUAAAAAACUUUAUCACUUCAAUGUUAAACGAAAAGUUGUAAUAAUGAUAUUUCUGCUAACACGCCUUCAAAUGAUUCUCUGAAUUUCCCUUUUUUUUCAGUCCAUAUGUUGUGAAGUAUUAUGGAAGCUACUUCAAGAACACAGAUCUCUGGGUAGAUAUUAAUGAUUUUCAUUUUAUCUUUUUACAAUGAAUGAAAUGAAUCAAGUGUGAUCAUGAAGCAGUGGCACAGCUAUUACAGGGGCCUUGAUAAGUGCUAUUCCUUCUUUCCAUUCCCUCUCUCUCUCUUUGUACCUGUGUUUUCUUCCAUAUGAGGUCACUCACAGUAGGAGUUGGUAACUGGAGUUGAGUGAGCCAAUCAGAACAGCAGAAAUGCAAUAUUCAGAGUUGAAAAUAUAAUAAUUAUAGAGUUGUUAGGAGCACUUGUGUGCAUAAUCACAUUUUCAUCACUCUUUUGAAUGAUGUGUCAACUACUCAAGUAUAAUAAAACUAUUAUUAUAAUAUCCAUUUCCUUUUUUCUGACCAGAUUGUUAUGGAAUUCUGUGGUGCAGGAUCAGUGUCAGAUUUAAUGAAAAUAAGAAAUAAAACUGUAAGUAAAACUGUUGUGGAUGUUGUGUUCAGCUUGGUAAUAUCUUCUAGUUACACCAAACUGUGGUAAGGGAAUUGAAGAAGGAAAAGUGACAGAGAAUAUUUUCCAUAUCUUUAAGUCAAAACACAUGCAAUCAAACUAAGUGCAAUAGUUGCUUGUUACAUGAAACAGGGGUUUGACUGUAAAUCGACAGGUGUAGUGAAUAAAUCAUCUAUAAAGCUUUACAUGUGUGUGGUUGUUCAAAACCACUGUGAAAUUGCAAAAUGAAAUUUAUUAUUAAUCAAUGAAAAUGUGAUUUCAUUUCAGUUGACAGAAGAAGAGAUUGCAUGUAUAUUGAAAUACACUCUUAAGGGACUUGAAUAUCUUCAUUUGAGAAGAAAAAUACACAGGUUUGCAUUCUUUGCUUUAUUUUAAAACAUUGUUUUUGAAAGAAAGAAUCAGUGAAUUUUAUGUCAUUGCAUUGGAAUUAUUUUUCGAACAAUUGAGUUACAAACAUUUUCAUUAGGAGUGCUUGGUGUAAAAGUUUGCUGACUCUGUUAACCUCAACCUGGACAUGGUUUCUAGUGAAGAAAUAAUGAUGAUGGCUCCACAGGGUUAUUCUUUUUUGUUGCUUGUAAAGCAUUAAAGCCAUUUUUGUUGAUUCUAAGAUAUGUACUGUUUCUCUUAUUUCAGAGACAUCAAGGCUGGAAAUAUCCUGCUUAAUGCAGAGGGCCAUGCCAAACUUGCAGACUUUGGAGUUGCUGGUCAACUCACUGUAAGUGUUCCUAAAAUUACCAGUAUUUGUAUCUUUACAUGGAGGGAGCACUUGUCUGAAGUCUUGGCUUUUCUGGGUCAUUUAAUAUAUCCAUGAAUCAAUGAUACAAUCUUGAGCAAAAUAAAAGCAACAUUGUGACCUACCCUCCUCCAUUUUCAGAGGCUCAGCUUGUUUGCAAUUGCAUCUCUUUAUAUAUUUUCUUGGAAGGAGGACUUAAUGUGAACUUUCCUUUUUGACAAAGUUGAUAAAUGUUAAGUCUAGAAAUAUUUUUUCCUGGUAAUUUAUCCAUCUAUUCUUAAUGUUCAUUGGUUAUUGAGCUUUUUUUUUUAAUUUUUUCCCUAAUUUUUUCUUAUGGAAGUUUGAUAUUUGUGUUUGACUUUAUAAAUUCUGAAUUUAUUUCAACAAGGAUACAAUGGCAAAAAGGAACACUGUAAUAGGGACUCCGUUUUGGAUGGCUCCUGAAGUGAUUCAGGUCAGAGGUUAAAGUUUUAACAAUAUUGUUGGAAAAAAAAUGUAUUUAAUUAUGGUCAAAAUAUUGUGAACCCUGCAGAAUUCAGACUGGAAUGUUGUUAUGUCAAUAAGACAUGAGAGAAGUGUGAGCAGUAACAGUAGUUAGUGUUGUCCUCACGGUUUACGUGAUCUUAGGGCCUGUGCACCAGCCAAAAAUAAAUUGCCUGUUUUUAGAAAACUAGAUGGCUGUAGCAUAUGGCAUCUAUCUGUGUCCAAAAUGUGAGUGAGAUGUGAAGAAAAAACUACAGAGAUUUAUUUACCAACAAUAUGUGUAAACUCGGCCGUGCAGCCGAACGAUCCCCCACGACACACGUGAUACAUGAAUAUGAGACUGACAAGCGUGACAGCGUGACUUUUUAUGUCACACACCACAAGGACUAUUAGUAAUCUGAUGGUUGCAAUUUCAUUGACCUGAAUUCUGUCUCCAUUCCAACCAUUAGAACCAAAGAUUUCUAUCAACCGGUUUUUAAUCUAGACUGAAAAAAUUCAGUGGGUAACACACGUAUUGACUGAUCUGUAUUUCGUUUGUUGAAAUGUGUUUUUCUAUUUCUUUUUAUAUAUAUUCAGGAAAUUGGUUAUGACUGCUUAGCAGAUAUUUGGUCUUUAGGAAUAACAGCAAUAGAAAUGGCAGAAGGGAAACCUCCUUAUGCUGACAUUCAUCCAAUGAGGGUUAGUAUAAACUUCACACUUCAUAGUAAAAAUUCUCCAAACAGGUCUUCUUAGAUUCCUUUUCUUGUUGAAUAUGACUGAAAAAUUGAAAUUCUCACUUUGUGUCAAAGCCAUCUUCAGUCAAUUACUGUUUGUACAGAAGUUCGAAACAAUAGGAAUAAACGAAUCAAAACGAUGCAAGAAGCUCUGUUGGCAAGUUUGUGCACCAAACUGCAAAUCAAGAAGUCGGAUUACAAACCCUGGUUGGGACUUUAGUGCGAGACAUUACUCUCCCUGAGAGCCUUUGUCUACCCUGGAGUGUAAUUUUUUUACCAUCGAACUGCGAGGGGAAGUCAACAAUUUAAUUGGGAGUAACUUAUAAUAGACUAGCAUUCCAUCAUUUACACAUAAUCACUCAAGUCAUCGAUUUCGUUGACGUGGAGUAGCAUGAUUUUGUCCCUAUUUUCUCUUACAGGCAAUAUUUAUGAUUCCAACCAAACCCCCUCCGACAUUUAAAGAUGACGAAAGACGGAGUAAGGAAUUCUUGGACUUUGUGAGCAAAUGUCUUGUGAAGAAUCCAGAAGAAAGAGCGACUGCUACACAGCUGUUACAGGCAAGAGUUGGUGCUCAGCUGAAGGGCGAGGCCUGAGACUGUUUGAACCCCCCUAAGUCAUUUCUCCGGAUGUUACGAGUUUUGAAGACGUUUAUUUUUUGAGUCCGUAUUAUUUGAACUUGGGAGACACGGUGGCCUAAUUGCUAAUGCGCUGAAUUUAGAGCCAAGAGAACCUUGUCCUAGACAUGACUGGACUGAAUGUGUUGUGUUCUUGGACAAGACACUUUAUUCUCACAGUGCCUCUCUCUGCAGGAGUAUAACUGGGUACUAGUAAACUGUCAAAAUGUGGAGGUCAUCUGUGAUGGACCGGAAUCCCAUCCAGUGGGAGUAGCUAUACUCCUAGACGCUUCGGGAUAAUCUCUGGCGCAGACUCUGUCAUCCCCCCCCAAAAACAAACAAACAAACAAACAAAAACAUCUCAAGAUAACUUCGGCAGCCUUCCUCGUCCUAGAAACUUCAGUGUAGAAGCGGAAGUUGAUGAACCCUAAAUUCUACUUUUGUGAACUGUUUAUAUCCGAUCGAUCAUAAUUGCUGUAAAUUUUUUUUCCCAGCAUCCAUUUAUUGAAAGUGCCAAGUCUGUAAGUGUGUUAAACAGCAUGAUUCAAGAGGCGCUGAAUAUUAUGGAGGAGGAAAGUACCAGGGAGGAAAACGAGGUACGAUUUGUUACUUUGGUUGGAAACUAUCAGACCAUUUUAUGUCAACAACGCUUUUCAUCUAGCGAAAACUUACUGGAGUAGAAUUUCUCUUAUGUUGUUUUAAUAGAAAAUCGCAAAACUACUACGACGGACAAAAGUGUUGAUUGCUCUAAUGCCACUUUCUGUCUUUCAUUUAUCUUCACCUCUGCUUCAUCUCGUUGAGGGGGGGCGGGGAAACGGGGGACUUUCAAGUUAUUUAUUAGUGAAUAAAUACAAGAUUUCUGUUCGUUAUGUGGAAUGAAAGGUUGUCGACUUCCUACUAAUCGGAGGUGUGCAAGCUACUUUUGCCACUCACUGCAGUUUUUAAUAGAAAUUCAAGUUAUCGUGAACUACAAAGCGCAUUAAGCGCCAGUCCUCAAAUAUAACUCCUGACAAAACUUUCUUGCCACUCGUUUUUUUAAAUUCAUUUAUAUCGAAACCGCUUUCAUUCUUCGCGGCAGGAUGAGACUGAGGAGAGUGACGAACAUGUGGAUUCAGGGACGAUUGUGAAAUUCGGCGAUGGCAAUGACAACACCAUGAUAAUGAACACAGCAACGAGUGUUCAGAGCCAAGAUACAAUGAUUGUUAACAGUGAGGCGGGUACACUGCUCGAGUCAGAUCUUGGAACAAUGGUAAUCAACUCUGACGACGAAGACGCGACAAUGAAAAGUAAGCACAGUACAUACUAGAUAAAUUUCAAAUAACCAUGCGCUCUAUUCAAUUGUGUAAACGUCAGUCAACGUCAACAAUCGGUUUUAGGACUCCUUCCACUGUUAUGAUCAUAUCUUGCAUAAGGCUAAUACCUGAGAGGUCAAGCUUUUAUGAUGUUCAAUGUUAAACUAUUUAUCCCAAAGGAUAUUUUAAAGCAUUUCUAUCUAAUGGCCUUGAACGUGAAAGAUUGAAAUAACAUCUCAUCUUUGGAGCAUGCAGUGAAUAGGAGAUUAGUUGGAUCUCGGUUCAGGUUCCCCCCCCCCCCCCCCCCCUUAGUAGAUUUUCGUCAGGUUUCCCUGCCGGUUCGACGGUACACAUUUUUAUAGCGGAGCGCACGUGCUGCGAAGCCCCAUACUUUGUACAAAAUGGUAUUAACCCGUCAAGCCGGAAAAUUUGGUACCUUGGAGUGGGGAGAGGCAUUGUUGGAGGAAAUUACUUGUCCAGUAACGCAAUACCAUGACUUCUGCCAGAGCUAGCACUAGUAUUUUUCGAUUCGUAGUCUAGAGAGCCAACUACAGUCUACCACAUCUCCCCGCGAUUACACUAUACCAAGGGCUAAUGCCCCACAGCUGAACUGUUGAUGCUCUCUUUUAGAUCACGUGUCAUAUCUAGUUAAACAGUGAUUCAAUCUUUCAACCUAGAGCGCUCCUUAUCUCUUUCCAUUUACAGGACUGGACAGUGACGCCAAACAGAAUUAUCGUCCGUCCUUUAUGGAUCAUUUUGACAGAAUCUACGAAGCUGGAGGUCGAGGAAGCGAGUCUGGUGCCAAUGGUUCUUCUGAAGAAGACUCUGGAGGACUUUUGAGGGGAGUGAAACCAGAAGAUCCCUUUAAACUUAAGAAGGAAGGCCCUCCAGACUUUGAAUUUGUUAGUAUUAAAACUUUUUUUUUGAAACUUUUAAUGAACUGUAAAGAAGUAUAGUGUCCAUCAAGGAGACUAAAACCUUCCCUUUGAUUCUUUCUCUUCCACAGUUAAGAUCUCUUCCUUGCGAUGAACUGCAACGGCGAAUGCAAACACUGGACAUGGAAAUGGAAAAAGAAAUUGAAGGACUUCGGUCCAGAUACCAAGCAAAAAGACAACCCAUCCUUGAUGCUAUGGAAGCAAAGAAAAGAAGGCAACAGAACUUUUAG